AUUAUCUCAAACUGUGACAUUUCUAUUAAGGUAAAAUAAUAAAAUUCGCAUAAUUAUGAUAUCUAAUGAAAUGUCCUAACACCCCUUUUAAAUUUGGCAGUUGGUUUACGGGACACCCUGCAUAGUAGAACUUAUCAUUCUAAAUUUUCCUGUUUGCUUGGGUAGCUACAAUUUUUCACAUUUAAUUGUAACAUAUUCAGCAUAAUUACAACCACACUAUGAAAUAAUGUUUAUCAUUUUUGACGGAUCAAAUACCAAUUACCUAUUAACUAAGAAUUAAGUCAUUCACCUGCUGACUCUAUAAAAUUACCAACAUUUCGUCAGUGAUUUGUGUGAGUUUAUACGCGACGCAUAAUGAAUGCAGUGAUCGUUUUAGUGUUAUUUGCAAGCUUGACAAUUGUCCGAGGCUACGAUGUUGACAACCCGCCCAUCGUCUGCUCCAACAGCAGUAACUGUACUUAUUAUCAAGAUAAAUCUUCGUCAGACACAUUCUACUACUAUGUGAAUGGAUCUCAAAUACAAAUCAAAUACGUCUCAAUGACAGAGUUUUCUCUGCGGUGCACGAAAAACAUAUCACUUUCAUCAUACGAUAAGUUUCCCGUCCUGAAAGAACCGGAUGAUAUAAAAACGGUUAUUUUUUGCAAUUGCAAUGCUCCUGACAAGAAUACGUCAUAUUAUGAUAUAUUAAAACUAUGGAAUAUCACUCUGACGAAGACACUAUUUCUUAAUCAGCAGCCAGCAUUUACAUUACAUGAACGUCAUCUGCGCGAUUUACAAAUUCACGAACUCAAAAUUGUGGCUGAAGACCAUGAAACCCCACUGCGUUCUUCAAAAGAUUUUCUUAGCGGUGUUACAGAAUUACGCUUCUUAGAACUUCGUAAUGUCAUUCUGGAUGUGCAAGCAUUUAUGCAGUUUCCUGUUAAGCUAGAUAACCUAAAACUAAUUCACGCGCAGGUGCCAGCUGCGGUCAGCAAGUUAAGGAACGGCAGUACUUGGUUGGAGCGUUUGCACUCAUUAAACAAACUGUUCAUUCAAGAGAGGUACAUUGCAGCCGAACCUUUAACUCUACCUAAAUUGAAAUCCUUGCAAAACUUGACAAGCCUAAUUUUAAUAAACGUACCGCAAAAUUCAAGCAGUUUGAAAGGGGCGCUUAAUGGCUCUUCUAUUAAAAGUCUUGAACUUCAGAAUUGUGGGUUGAACAUGAAUAAUCUAUCACACAAUAUGUUCGAGGGAGCUAAUCUUACCAGUCUUGUUAUAAAACACCAUAAACUUACUGUGUCAAGAGGCGUGUUUUCGCCGCUGCAGUGGCUGACCAUGCUGGACUUAUCAGCAAACGGCAUAGACGGUGGUACACUUGUAGAUGCAGUAUCUUCGCUACCACAUCUGCAUACGCUUGUGGCCAAUAAUAACCCCCUGGGCUCGCUGUGUGGAGAUGCUGAUGUAAUUUCUGCAGAACCAAAGUGGCCAAACUCAUUGAAUCGCUUGGAAUUGGCCAACACGAAUGCAACUCGAAUUUGCCCAGGCUGGGUCGAAAACGACGAGUUGAUGCAUAUUGACCUCACCGAUAACAACAUUGGUGACCUUACUUACGACGAUCUGAUUAUGAAAAGAGCUGUUAAGGAGCCUGUGGUGAUAAAACUGUCCAACAAUCCCAAUUUAGGCAUUAUCGAAAUAUCGAGCACCGAUAACUUACAGUGCCAUAACGACUCUGCUGUAGAAAACACAAACAAUCGAACGCGAGUAAAGGUCGCCGUAAUCAUGGAAACUAUCAAAAUGAGGUGUGAUCGUGGAGGUUACUUGCUGCAAAAAGCUCUUCUAGACUGUCCACUGUGGCUGGCGCACGUCGGUGGCAAGCCCGAUACCGAACGUUUAUGUCCAUACAACGAUGAAUGCUUACAAGAAUGUACAUGUUCCAAACGGCCGCGCGACAACGCAACAGUUGUGGAAUGUCGCAAGGAAUUACCACCGUCUCCGCGCUGGCCACCCUCGAGUCGACAGUACCCGCUUGUGCUCUACGCAGCGCCCGGUACGCUGGAUACCGUGCCGGCCAACAUAACGCUACUGGAGUUACACGCACCCAAUAACAGCAUUAGCAGACUUGACGUCUGGGAUAUAGCUGAUACUCUUGUCGAAUUGGAUGUAAGCUAUAACAAGAUUCGCCUUAUCUCGAAGGAUGCUGCUCUGAAGCUGGUUGAUGAAGGAACAAACCGCUCGUUGAAACUCGAAGGCAACAGCCUUGGUUGUUCCUGCUCCGACGAGGUAGCUUUGGAGCUUCUAGGGAAAAGUAAAGCGGUGAUUGAUUGGAAUGAAACAUUGUGCGCUGAUAAUAUUCACGUAAUUGAAAAAAUUAAAAGUGGGUUGUGUUUUCUGGAAGUUUUAUCUCUAGCACUGAGCUUGGCAUGUCUACUACUAAUUUUGCUAGCAGUUGGACUCGUGUUCCACUUUUGCAAACUACAAAUAAGACAAGUUCUUUUCAAAUUCAACUGUUGCCGUCGCUAUAUCUUUAGAGUCCAUAAUGACGAUGAAAAGAAAAUAGAUGUUUUCUUGUCAUUUUGUCACGAAAAUCUAGCGCAAAUGAAUUUGAUAAAAAAUUAUCUCGAGAAAAAAGGAUAUUCUACUAUAGAACAUAAUCGUGAUUUUGAACCAGGCGAUCCUAUACUUAGUCAAAUCGAGGAUUCAGUGCAGCGAGCGCGUCGAACUCUAGUGAUUGUUUCAGAUCAUUUUGUGACGUCUAAGUGGAUGGAACAUGAAUUCCGUUUCGCACAUGAACACGCGUUGAAGUAUCAAACGUCUAAAGUGAUAGUAGUCUUAUACAACUUGAGUAAAGAAACAAUGGAAAUACUGCCCUCUAAUUUGAGAUACUACAUUAAACACCACACAUACAUUAAUUGGCAUGAUGAGAAUUUUUUGGCAAACUUGUCUAAAUCCCUUGGACCUCGUGGACCAUGACAUGUAGUAGCCAUUAUAAUUAAGUAACAAAUAAAUUAAAAUAAUGGAAUAUGAUAGUUUGUAAUGAACUUCUAGUCAAUUAAAGCCAUACUGCCCUUCUAAUACAGGUUAAUAAGGUAGCAGUUGAUAAUUACUUUUUCAAUGCUUGUGAUACUGAAAAUUAAGAUUUAAAACUUUUUCAGAUGUUUCUAUUGCUCUUCACAGCCAACGUCACAAUAAUAAUAAACAGCUUACAUAUUAGCGUAUCGCAGUUUUAGCGCUUUCGAACGAUUACAGUUCGUUACAACCAAAUUUUAUAAUACCAUGUUGUUCGAAUGUCGCAAUAUUAAAACGGAUUAGUGGUAAAAUGUCUAAAAUUACAAAAAUACCAAAUUUCAGUACAUCAAAAUGCCAAAAUGACAUUGGCCUAUAUCCGAUAUCCAAUAUCCGAAAUGUAUUAGUUUCAUAAUAACCAAAAUUCAAAAUUACACUCCUCGCACUGUGUUUUAUUAUGAACUUUAGUAUUCAUUUAGUUAAUUAAUGCUAACUAUUUAAGAAACACUGUAAAAAUACGGUUUCCAUGGAUACUUCAUUUUAUACAUUUUGAGAAAGUGAAGUUUUGGUUUUAGGUUAAUUUGACUUUUAGUCAAUUUGGGAAUACGGUCAUUUGAGAAGUAAGUUUAAGUCAUUUCAAGUUUUAGACAUUAUGGGACUAAUCUGUUUUUGCAUUGCGACGUUUUAGGAAUAAGUUACCAAUUAUAAAAUUUGGUUGUAACGAACCGUAAUCCUCUAAUAAUAUGUACAAAAUACCGAUACAGAGUUAGAGCUACGAUACGCUUACGAAGGGUAUAUAAGCGAUUGUGACGUUAGACAUACACAUUGUGGAAAUACCACGAAUAUAUACUCGUAUUAUAGGCAGUUUUGGGCGACCGAUAUCUCAGAAUAUUAUUUUAGGUAAGGUACAGCGGGACAAAUCUCGACUGGGGGGCAAUUGUAACUAAUCUAUUUUUCCAUUGUUACACUAUGAUGUUGAGUUCUACAUGUAUCCACUGAAUACGCCUACCAUAAUUAUGUAACCGGUGAACACUAUUUAAUUGUAAAACAUGGAAAAAAUGGACGGGUUACAUUAACCCCCCGGUCGAGAUUUGCCCCGCUGUACCUUAUAACAUAUUUUGUAACUUUCAUUAUAAAUAGAAAUAUCAUCUAAGUAUAUUUAAGCACGUCUUGUUUUAUGUACCUGUAAUUUUUAAUGUGUUAAUUAUUUUAUAGAGAAGUUUUUGAAACGAUGUUUAAAUGUUAAGUCUAAUUAUUUCUAUUAAAUAUUUUAAACAUUA